AUGUUUACAGACAGUCGUGAAGGAGACACAGAUCAACGAACUAGUCAGAUGACUGAAAAGGGAACUCUGUUCCACCAGGAACAAAAGGACACUCACAUAAAAAGGGCAAAAGUGUCAAGUUUCAUGUUAUCAAAUUGUAUGAACAAUCUUAAUACACUACCAAAGUCUUUGUCAGCAUUACAAAAUGCAGAAACAGAUUUAGACACUGUGUACAAAAGAUAUGACAAAAAUGCAAAUGAGUACAUUGAUUUUCUGUCACGUUCAAGAGAUUCAGAAGCCCAAAACGAAUUGGAAUCAUACUGGGUGAUAAUGACUGAUGUUAAAAACAAAUACAGUAUGUUAAUGGACAAAAUUCAGUUUGCAAAGGAAUCCGUUGAAACAAAAUCAGUUAAAUCGCACACGUCACAAAGAUCAGACAGAACUCGUUCGUCAGCAUCUGGGAGUCGUACAGUUGGGCUAAGAGCCAAAGCAGAAUCUGAAAAAAUAAAGCUCAAAUAUGUUGAAAAAGAAGUGGCAUUGAAAAAAGAACAAUUUGAAAAAUCCUUACAGCUAGAAAUUCUUGCACAACAAAAAAAUGCAGCAGCGGCUGAUGUAGAAGCAACUUAUCUAGAGAGACAUUCUCAAGGCGGAUCUGACCAUGAUGGGUCUGAUAUCUUACCUAAAGAGGAAAUUGGUGCGUUCGAAAGAACUUUAAACUAUCUAGAUGGAUUGGGCUCUACUUCUCCACACGACAAACCUCUAUCAGCUGAAGCAAAAUUGUUUGUACCUGCAGUCACGCCAGACUAUUUUCAAAAAGAUAUUACUGCUUCUACACCAAUAGUACAGAACAUUGUUCACACUAUUCCUAAACAAACAACUACUGCAAAACCAACAAUGCCAGUCCAAGGGCCAACCACUUUAAUCUCAGCUUCACACAAUAGCGCUACUGCAGAAACACAAUUUACAUCAACGUUUCUUAUUAAGAAAAACUUAUUGUUAGAAAGCUUUCAACAACAAAGAUUUGACGACAAGCCAGACCGUUACAUCGUGUGGAAAAAACAAUUCAAAGUUAUGGCUGCUGACAUUCAAUGUUCUGCAUUAGAAGAAAUCACUCUGUUGACAAAUUGUGUAAAAAAGGAUUCCGAUGCUUAUCGUCUGAUCAUGAGCACCAGGGCUUCAUGUGCCGACAGUCCAGACUUGUGUUUAACCAAUAUUUGGAAUAGACUAGACCAACGUUUCGGUUCAGCAGAGUUAUUAGAAUCUGCUUUGAAAACAAAACUUUCAAAUUUGCCAAAUAUGAUUGACCGUAAAGUUCUUUAUGACCUACACGAUUUGCUAAAUGAAAUUCAGGCUGUGAAAACACUCCGAGAAUAUAGUGUGAUAUUUUCAUACUUAGACUCCUCACUAGGCAUUAGACCAAUAGUUCAAAAACUGCCAAAGUUUAUUCAAGAUAAAUGGAUCACACGAGUGGUGAAUUAUAAGAAGCAGAACCAAGUGAUUUUCCCGCCUUUUAGCGAGUUCUUAAAAUUCAUUGGUGAAAUAAGUGUUAUUCGAAAUGACCCAAGUCUCCUUUUUGAAACACCUAUGAAUCAUUCAACAAGAAAACCAAGUUACAGUAAACCACAAAACACUAUGUACAAACAAAAAGAUCAGCAUCUUAUAACGGCAAAUAAGAUGGAGGUAAAUUCUACUCCUGUAACAAAGUCAAACUCAAACUCAACACAUGCCUGUUUGAUUCACAUUGGAGCCAAACACACCAUUAAUGAGUGUAAAGCUUUCCGGUGCAAAAGUUUAGAAAACAGAAAAACUCUGCUUCGAAGUCAUAACAUUUGUUUACGUUGUUGCGAUACUUCAGACCAUUUUGCAAACCGUUGUCGGGCUCAGAUACAGUGUGACAUAUGCAAAGCGUCAACUCAUUGCACUGCUCUUCAUAUAGACUUUAACAAUAAUAAUGCAGACAUUAACAAUAACUCGAAUCAAAGAACUGGUAAUGCUGCACCAAAGCAUGGCGAGGAGACACCAGCAGAAGUAAGCUCUCGUUGUACCGAGAUUUGUGGUAUUCCCAGCUUUACAGGCAAAUCAUGCGCAAAAAUUCUUCCAGUGCGAAUAUUUCCGGAAGGACAACCGGACAAAGCUGUACUCGCAUAUGCAAUGCUUGAUGACCAAAGCAAUAGGACUCUAGGAAAAACUUGUUUGUUUGAUAGCUUAUCUGUUGAAUCUGAAACAAUCGAAUACAAGAUGGAAUCAUGUUCCGGAAGGUCGACAAGUAGUGGACGGAUUGUAGGAGGACUGGUAGUUGAAAGCGUCAGUAACAAUCUGCAAAUGAAAUUACCACCUGUUAUAGAAUGUGACAAUAUUCCAGACAAUCAAACUGAAAUUCCGACACCGGAUGUUGCUCGCCAUUACCCACACUUGCAUGACAUUGCUCAUCAAUUACAUGAACACGACGCUUCUAUGAAAAUAAUGUUACUGAUAGGCCGUGACCUUUCAAGUGCUCACCACGUUCUUGAACAAAAGUUAGGACCUCCACGGUCACCUUUUGCACAACGUUCACCACUAGGUUGGACUAUCAUUGGUGAUGUUUGUCUCUUUGGACAACAUUGUCCUUCAUCAGCGGAGUGUGAUCAGAAUUUCAUCAUAGAUAAUGGGCGCCCUACGAGUUUGAAACCAUGUGAACAAAUUAUUAACGUUCGAAAAACAUUCAUCAGAAGUGAACAACCCCAAUUGACAAAAUAUAACAUUUUCGAAACAACUAGUCACGACAAUAAGCCCGGACUGUCAAUUGAAGAUCGUAAAUUUCUAGACAUAAUGGACAAAGAAUUUCGCCUAGACUUUGAUGGUAAAUGGGUAGCGCCUUUACCUUUUGGUUCACCACAUUAUGCUAUGCCAGACAAUUAUCUGCUUGCGCUUAAUCGUGCCAAAUCUCUAGAUGCUUCACUGCAUAGGAAUGAAACAAAGAAGCAGCAUCUACUCGAAUUCAUGCAGACAAUUAUUGACAAUCACCAUGCUGAAAUUGCCCCGUAUCUACCUCCUGAUAGAGAACGUUGGUACCUUCCAUUAUUCGGGGUAUAUCACCCUCGCAAGCCAGAGCAAAUUCGCGGCGUCUUUGACGCAUCUGCAAAAUUCAACAAUGUUUCACUGAAUGACCAGCUGCUUCAAGGUCCUGAUCUCAUCAACAGUCUUCUCGGAAUACUUAUUCGAUUUAGAAAAGAGAUGGUAGGAGUAGUCGCUGAUAUCCAGCAAAUGUUCCAUUCGUUCAUGGUACAGGAAGAACAUAGAGAUUUCCUCAGAUUUCUAUGGCACAAAGAUAAUGUGAUUGAAAACCCACUUGUUACUUACCGUAUGCGUGUACAUGUCUUUGGGAAUCGACCUUCGCCCUCAAUAGCUAUGUAUGGAUUACGUCGAAUAGGAGAAUUAGCCACUGAAUCUCAUGGUGACGAUGUGAAGAAUUUUAUAAACAAUGAUUUCUAUGUUGAUGAUGGCUUGAAGUCUUGCCCGUCAAGCCAAGAUGCUAUAGACUUGAUUCUAAAAACCCAAGAAGCCAUGAAAAUGCAUGGAAAUCUGCGACUUCAUAAAUUUGCGUCCAAUAGCAAAGUUGUUAUGAAUGCGUUGGAACCCGGAGACUUAGCAAAGGGACUCGUGGAUAUGGACUUUGAGAAAGACUCACCUACUCAGCGUAGCCUAGGUCUGCUGUGGGAUUUAGGAUCCGAUACCUUUAAAUUCAGCAUCUCUAAUGAAACUAAAUCAGCAACGCGUAGAGGCAUACUCUCAGUUGUUAAUAGUCUUUACGACCCAAUGGGAUUUAUCUCCCCAAUAACUGUGCAAGGCAAAAUCAUACUUCGAAAAAUAGUGUCUUCAACAUUUGAUUGGGAUGAUCCAUUGCCUGAACAUUUGUUGACUGAAUGGAAUAAAUGGAGUCAAAACUUACCUGACUUAGAGGAUUUGCGCAUACCCCGUAUUAUCGUGCCAAAUCUUAGCAAUGCUGUAAACAAGGAACUAUUUAUUUACUUUGAUGCGUCAGAACUUGCCAUUGCAGCUGUGUGUUACCUUCAUGUUAGUUAUUCGGAUGGUUCUACUUCUACUGGAUUCGUGCUAUGUAAAGCCAAGGUUGCUCCAGCGAAAUGUACCACCAUUCCAAGACUAGAACUCUGUUCUGCAGUGCUAGGGGUUGAAAUUGCUCAGAUUGCAGUGGACCACUUGCAGAUCAAUAUUGAUAACAUCAAAUAUUUCAGUGAUAGUCGAGUAGUCUUAGGCUAUAUUAACAAUGAAAAGAGACGCUUUUUUGUUUACGUAGCCAACCGUGUUGCAAGGAUCAGAAGUUAUAGCGAACCUACUCAAUGGCUCUAUGUUCGUUCUGAAAAGAACCCUGCCGAUAUAGGAACUAGAGGUAUUCAUCCCGCAGACUUACAGAAUAGUCUCUGA